GACACCCUGUACUUCUUCGGGGACAACAACUUCACCGAGUGGGGCCCCCUGUUCCAGCACUACGUGCCCCCUCCCUUCCGCAUCCCGGGCACCAGCCCCGCCUACAGCUUUGGGAUCGCAGGCUCAGGCUCUGGCGUUCCCUUCCACUGGCACGGCCCUGGUUUCUCCGAGGUGAUUUUCGGCAGGAAGCGCUGGUUUCUGUACCCGCCGGAUCAAACCCCGCACUUCCACCCCAACGAGACCACGCUGGCCUGGCUCCAGCACACGUACCCCACACUGCCCCCGGCCCUGCGCCCGCUGGAGUGCACCCUGCGCCCUGGGGAGGUGCUGUACUUCCCUGACCGCUGGUGGCACGCCACACUCAACCUGGACACCAGCGUCUUCAUCUCCACCUUCCUGGGCUAGGCUGGCAGGGACAAGGACAUGUCUCCACUGUGGCAGCCAGGCCAGGAGCUCCAGCUCCUGCCACCCUCAGGGACAGGCCACUGGUAUUGGGACCAACUGCCUGAGAAAGUUCUGCUUUUUACUGGUCUUUGCCCUCCCCUUCGGAUUAAAGUUGUUCUACUGAAACACUCCCUCAGAUGUGUUCCUACAUCCCUGGAGCAAACCUGUCCCCAUGGGAUGGCAUCGAUUCCCCAGCCAGGAUAUCCCCAGAAAUGGCUGCUGUGAACCACUCCAGAUCCUUUUCCAUGUUUAUUGCUGAAUUUUUUUAUUCUUUUUAUAUAUAUAUUUUUUUCUUUUAAUGGACAUUGGCAAACUUCCAGAGGGCGCUCAAAAGCCAGGCAGGCCAUCAGCCGACCGAAACACUGGAAUCUCAGUUGGAUGCAAAUCUGUUGGUUAUUUUUUUGUGGGGUUUUUAAAGGGAUUUCAUUAAAAGGAAGAAGAACUUUAA